AUUUAGAUUAAUCGACAAACAUCGUCCAUGGUUGCUCCAAUGUCAAUAAAAAUACGACUAGAGAGUUUAUAACCUAUUCUUCACUCCAAUCUGUAAGUUCAUCCGUAGAUGAGAGGUUUAUCAUCCCACGUCUAAUUGAAGUAAUAAUUCAGUAAGCAAAAUGACCUCUAAAAAAUCGGGUACGAUGAUUCCAAAGGAUCAGGAGCAGAAGGAUAACGAUGGACGAGGUCAGAUUAAAGUUGUCGAUCGUCCUACAUUCAUUUUAAAAACUAGAGAGGGUGAGAGUAGAGCUGUAUCGCCAAGUCAGAAGAAUGGAACCAGUAAAAAAGAGGGGGAGACGGUGCAGGCCACCAUCUGCAAAGCACCAGAACCUAGAAUAUUGCUCCAUUCACCUCAAGAAAUGACAGGAUGCAUGAAAUUCAUGGACGAAAAUAUGCAAUUGUGUGAGAAUGCACUGGAUUAUUUACACGAUCAACAGGAUUUUCUGGUUGUGGGGGUCGCAGGGGGCCAAGGAGUUGGAAAAUCAACUAUUUUAUCUCUGCUGACGUCUAAUUAUGGAUCUGACAUCUUUGCAGCGCAAAGUCAGUCUCACCAUGAAAGUGGCUCGAAUUGCACCUCUGGAAUAGACUUUUACGUCACUAAAAAUCGAGUCAUUUAUUUAGACACUCAGCCUAUUCUCUCUUGUGCUGUCAUGGAUGCAACUGCUUCUUCUUUCGAGCAGAAGAAAAACUCUACUGAUUUCGGUAGUACUGAGUACAACCUGGAACUUCAGUCUCUUCAGUUCAUGGCAUUUUUGUACUCUGUGUGCCAUGUCAUCAUUUUUGUACAAGAUUGGUUCGUGGACCCAAAUUUAGUGAGAUUUCUGCAGACUGCCGAGAUGCUGAAGCUCCCGUCAACGUCGAAUCUAGACCAGGAUUACGUUGAAUAUUAUCCACAUAUUUUAUUUCUUCAUAAUAAGGCAGAGUUAUAUGAUUUCCAGCCUAGAACUGUUGAAACCAUGAAGAAUUUUUAUAGCAAAGUUUUCUCGAGCUCCAGACUUCAGAUUCACAGUGGGCUGGACAUGAGCACUUGUUCCACUGAAGGACAAUUGAAUCUGUUCCUAAUCCCUUCAAUUACAUCUGAAGAAACCCCGACGUUCCACGAGAGUUACAAGAACUUGAUAGAAAAACUGCGAUUUAAAAUCCACGGAAUAUCUCGCCAUCCCAUGACCCCAGGCACUCUAACCGAGAAGAAUUGGUAUCACUAUGUAUCAAAAGUAAUUGAAGGUUUGAAAAAGAGCCACUUGUCCCUAGAAUACGGGAGACUGAUGCCUUAGUUUUUCCUAUCGAAUCAGCAGAGAUAACGGAAAAAACAGAUGAAAUCAAAUGGAUGAACUCGGUGCAGCAGUUGAGAAUCAGCUCGCGAGAUUCGUUGGCCACUCGGACGUGGGGGAGGAUCUCUUUGAUCAUUUUGUUGAUAGAGGCGCGUGGAAGGGUCAGCUCGUCGUCCUCAGUGGGAGAUAUUGCCGCCGAGGCCAUUGUUUAUCUGAUAAGAAUUUAAUAAAAUUGGAAUUUAUCACAACUGAAAUGAAUGUGAUCAAUAAUGAUAGUUAUCAGGAAUUUUCGUUGUUUUUCUGAAAAGUUUUCACUUUGAGGAUACUAUUGAAUUUUGUUUUUUUUUUCAAUAUUCAUAUCUGAGGAAUAAAUUGAGGUCUUGGUGCACAACAUAAAAUGUGCCAAAAAACGAAGAGUCUAUUAUGUGUAACAGUUGAUUUCGUCGAGAAAAUGAUGAGUUAUCACCAUUUAAAAAAAAACAAAUGUAUCAAUUUUUCGUGAGUUUCUAAUAAAGAUGAUGAAAUGAUUGUAAGAAAUCUCUGUGGGGAAAUAGAAAUUGAUAUUAGUAAUAAACAUGAAAUGUUGGGAA